UACACGCUAGUGUCAUCUACAGUGUAAAAGUGUUUGCAAAAUUCUAUUAAAAUUAUAAAUUUUUUCGGCCAUUAGUUAUUCUAUGUACGUGGAAUUAAUCUGGACUAUAUUAACGUUCAAUUUUUUUAUUAUUCAUCUAUUUUUUCGUCACAGUUAAAUAAGAAAUCAAUUGUUCCUUUGACAAUCGUUUGGUGUUCUCAUCGACGUUUUGAAGCUUUCGCUUAACAUUGGGAGUGUUGAAUCAUAUUUGGGAAUAUGGCUGCUGCUGCUGCUGCUGCGUUACUCGACGAGCUUAUGGGAAGAAAUAGAAAUGUUCUUCCUAACGAAAAACCUAAAGAACUUAAUUGGGAGGAUCCUGAGUUUUGCAAAUUAUAUUUGGUUAAAUUCUGUCCUCACGAUUUAUUCGUUAACACUCGAGCUGAUCUCGGAGCUUGUUCUCGAGUUCACGAUGAUGAAGCAAGAGACCUUUUUGAGAAAGCGCCAUAUUCCUAUCGUAAACAACAAUAUGAAGAUGAAUUUAUUAGAUUUUGUCAAAGUAUGCUCAACGAGGUUGAAAGGAAAAUUGUAAAAGGCAAACAACGUCUUGCUCUUAUCGGAAGAACUGAAGCACCUACUCUGACUCCUGCACAAACUCAAAGAAACGAAGAACAAAUAGCUCUGCUAACGGAGAAGAUUAACAAAUUAGUCGAAGAAGCUGAACAAAGUGGAAUUCAAGGAAACGUUGAACAAGCUCAAGGCCUAAUGAGACUUUGUGACCAAUUAAAAGAAGAACGAGAAGCCCUUAGAAAGUCCAAUGACAAUAGUCAUUAUAAUCAAACCGCUGAAUUAGCUGCAGCUCAAGAAAAACAGAUGGAAGUUUGCGACGUGUGCGGUGCUUUUCUCAUUGUCGGAGAUGCUCAACAACGAAUCGAUGAUCACUUGAUGGGUAAACAACAUGUUGGUUAUGCCAGAUUAAAAACUGCUCUUCAAGAAAUUAUGUGUAAACGUGAAAAAGCACGAGACGAAAAAGAGCAGAAAAGAGAAGAAGAAAGAAAGCAGAGAGCACGUGCUAAUGAAGAACUCGACAGACGAAGGAGAGAAAGUGACAGAGAUAGAGAUAGAGAAAGAGAUAAACGUCGUAGACGUAUAGAUGAUGACAAGGGUAGACAUGACUCUGGGGGUCAUAGAAAUUCUGGUCAUAGAAGUAGGAGCAGGUCUAGAGAGAAACAUGAUCGGCAUCGCGAUGACGAUAAUCAUCGACGUCAUGCUCGCGAUAAAGGAAAUCGGGAUCAUCGAAGCUCGAGUCACCAUAAUCGUCGUCGCCAUCGAUCUCGAAGUCGAAGUCACAAGUAACUACUCUUGAUUGGUUAGUGAGUGAGAACUAAGCCAGGUAUGCACUAAACAGUUAACGAUAUAUUCGUCUCAUUUACUGUACAGGUUCUUUACCAGGUGAGUUUCAUUAGAUGCACAUAAUAUGUACAUGAUAAUUAUCUGUGAUUUUGAAGAAUCGCAUACAGUCACAACGUACCAGUCUUUGAUCCUGCCUAUUAAUUGGAGAAAUGCUCUUACUAAAUUUCAUAUGGACCUGAUUGUACAGCAUUUUAUUUUCAAUGUGACGAGCUCAUUGUAUGUAACAUAUAGCUUGAAAAAAAGCUGCAUCGAGGUAAUGUUGAGCGAGGAGUAGUAAAGUCGUUCACAAAAUAAAGGUAUAUUUAUCAUGUAGUAUUAUAGAUAUUGUCUACAGAGCAAGAUAGGAGAAGGUAUACCUAUGCUUGCUUUGAUCGGUAUAAUGUCUUCAUAGGUUAAAUACAGUAAAUUGUGUUAUGUCAACGACUGCAUAGCUUUUUUGUCGAAAAGAAAUUAGUGAAUUAGUGGAGGAAACAGUGCCUACUUCCGUAGACCUGCAACACGGCAGUGCCCUGUGUGACUGUGACUAUACAAACCUAGCUUCUGCUACGCAUUUCUGAGGUAUUUAUAUCGGAAUGAUAAUACCAAACAUGUCCUUUUAUUAGGAAAGUUAGACUUUUUUGAAAUUGAUGAUGUUUAUUUUUGGAGUGAUACUUCAGUGCUAGUGCUUUAAAGGAAAUGAUAACAAACUCCUGCUAUUACUUUCCUUACUUCCUAAUUGCAGUUGAUCGGAGCAUUAUCAACAUGACUUUCAGCGUGAUUUCUCAGCGAGUUUUUCGUUUAGGAAUAUAUUAAUGACAUCCUAUAUGGAAACAAAAAUUGGAUAGAUCAAUUGUAGUAUUUUCCAACUUCGAACUUUAACGUUCGAAAUAAUUUUUCUCUUAUUUCUAUAGCCGACGAGACAAAAAUACCAAAUAGAUUCACAAUUGUGUCAUCGUUAAUAUUGUACCAGUGUUAACUGAUUAUUUAAAGAUUAUUUAAUGAGGCAUUUCUUACUAUACUUCCCAUUUUUCUACACAAGUGAUGAGAAACGAGUAUCAUAUACAAUAUUUUCUCUUCCCUUCUUGCACGUCUCACUUUAUUUACUAUUUUAGUUCUUUAAUGGUUAGGGUUUGGGCUAAAUUAUUCUUUUUAUAAAUGGGUUAAAUGAAUUAUUCUGUAGCAUUGUCCUACGUCUAUUUAAAGGAUCACAACAGAGGCCAUAUGGAUCAUAAAUUGAGCUGCUCCUAGGAUUUCUCUCAUUCAUUCAUUCAUAGUCUCAUAUUAUUCAGUUUGCCAUGUCCUUCGUUUCAGCUUUUAUAGAGAAGAUACAUAUAUUCUAUAUAUGUCUUACAUUUGU